GUUGCUCAACGUCGGAAAACACAUUUUGCCGAGUCGAAAGUGAAGUAUCCAUUUCUGUUUCGCAGCGAAUUUUAUUGAACAUAAUCACACGUUGCUGACCAUGUAAUUUAGAUGAUUUAUUUUAAACAAUCAAACUUUAGUUUGUGAAGAAGUGCGGUAGGAUGAACCGCUCGGUGACUUCCGCUACGUAUGUUCGCAACAUCAGCUACAGUUUGCGCCGCCAGCUGUCCGACUUUCUGGACCCUCACGAGACGUGGAAAGACCUGAUUGUGGCCAUACGGAAGCCGAGCGGGGAGCCCAGGUACACUCAGCAUCAUGUCAGGAGAUUUGAAGGUCUCAUGGCUCAGGGUAAAAGCGUCACAGUGGAGCUGCUCAAUGACUGGGGGACCACCAACAGCACAGUGGGGGAACUGGUGGACAUCCUGAGGAGUCUGAACCUACUGGCUGCUGCCAAUCUGCUCUUACCUGAAUCCAUAUCCACAGAAACACAGCAGGAGGUAUCCUCAGCCAGACCGGAAGUAGCUCCUCCAACCUUACUGCUGGGUGAAGAAGAGGCCCAGCAUCCACCUUCAGCCUCCUCUCUGCAGACACGAAUGCUGGAGGAGGAUGGAGGAGGAGACACAGGUUUCCCCAGAUUCCUGUACAGCGAGCUCAUGAGGAUCACCAGGAACUUCGAUGACCGCUCCAUUUCAGACGGGGGCAGUCGUAUCGGCGAGGGAGGCUUUGGGACCGUCUACAAAGGUCUUCUAGACAGCAGACCCGUCGCAGUCAAAAAACUCAGUCCAAUGGAAGACAUGCCGCUGGAAAGCUUACAACUUCAGUUUAACCAGGAGAUUCAAACUCUGAAAUUGCUAAAACACCAAAACCUGGUUGACAUGGUUGGGUUCUCCUCUGAUGAGCAGCAUCUGUGUAUAGUCUACGCCUUAAUGGCAAAUGGAUCUUUGCUGGAUCGACUUGCUUGCUUGGAUGGAAGCCCUCCUCUGUCCUGGAAACAGAGAUGCUCAGUAGCAGAAGGUGCAGCUAGAGGACUGGAGUACCUUCACUCCAACCAUCACGUCCACAGAGAUGUCAAAAGUGCAAACAUCCUGUUAGAUGAAAACUAUGUGGCUAAAAUCUCAGACUUUGGGCUUACAAGAGCAUCGGCCAAUCGCACAUCGGCAACCAUGAUGACAGAGAGGAUUGUGGGUACUCGGGCUUACAUGGCGCCUGAGGCGCUAAGAGGAGAGGUCACCCCAAAAUCAGAU